AUGUGCAUUUAUAUUUUAAUUCGUCCGAAAAAAAGGAAAGACGUACUUCAACGUAAAAAUGAAUUAUUCCAAGAUACGGUAUUUUCUAAACUACGAGAAGAACAACCCAAAUUCCAAGAAAAAAUAGUUUGCAUUAUGGGGGAUUGUACUUUGCCGAAUCUUGGAAUGACAAUUGUAGAUAGAAAUAUUUUAAUAAAAGAAAUUUCCAUUGUUUUUCAUGCUGCAGCUACGACAAGAUUCAACGAAACUCUAAAAUCAGCGACAGUUACGAACUUACAAGCAUUGAAUUAUAUGAUUAGCCUCUCAAAGGAAAUGCCAAGGUUGAAGAGUUUUGUUCAUGUAUCCACGGUUUAUUCCCAUUGUCUUYACAAUCSAAUUGAGGAGAAAUUUUAUGAACCACCGAUUGACGAUCAAAAAUUGAUUAAUUUGGUUGAAAGUUUAAAUGAAAAAUUACUGAAUUAUAUUACAGCUAUAUGUGUUAAC